GCUUCAUCUCAAAUAUUUAAUAUUAUAGACGACACAAUUCCCACCGCCACUAAGUGAGCCUCCCAUAAAUCUCCUCGCAAAACAAAAACAAAUAUUAGAAAGCAAAUAAAAAACAAAGCUAAAAUUAAAAGCAUCAAAAAAAUGCAAAAUAAAGUAUCACUGCAAUAAAAAUACGUGCGCGCUAAGUCUCUCAACGUUCCAGCAACUGCUACGCUUUUAUGUACAUCCAGUUAGCUUUGUGCUUUUUAAUCGCACAAAAGUAAUCUGCGCUGUUUCUCCAAACACUCCACUCACUCACUAUUAGACCGCCCACCGACCGCUCGUACGCUUCCCGCCGGGUCCCAUACUUAUUUGUUGUUUUUUCCAUCGCAGCUGUGUAUUGCAUUCUCGCUGUAAUGGCUGCACAGAGGUCCCAUGUUAACCAAAAUGGCGGAAAUAGUUUGGACGAUGCCACAGCAAAGCGUAACGAACAUUUACGAAAACUUUUUCAAACGAACAAAAAGACAACGAAAGCAGCAAAGCUGCAACGAGGACAAAGUGAAGAAGGAACUGGCAAGUUUUACUACAGCAAUACAUCCUGCAAUAGCAAUAAGGAUGCGGUUAGCUGCGAUGGCUAUGAUGAUAAUAAUGUUCACUUUGAUAACAAUGAAGUUUAUGGCACUGCUUUUGGUGAUGUCAGAGUCGACACUGCUGCAUGCAGGUGGAGACAAAGCAACGGUCAAACUACCGGUAGUACUGCCGCAUCUACAACUGUUGCCAACGUUGAUUACGACAAUUGCAAAAUGCGCCGGGGGUGCGGAAACAAUCGUAUACGGCGCUGGAGCGUGAGGAGCGGCAGUGUAUCGGAAGAUGGGAGCAGACUCGAAGGAAAUCUUUCAACGGACAAGCGACAAUUGGGGAAAAGUGUUGUGGACACAGAUCAAUUGGCAAUGUCAAGCAAUCAAUCGCAAUUGAAACAAAGCGGACAAGCACUGAAAAGUUACUACAACAAUCAUUACACCAGCAGAAACUAUUACAACACUAACAAAGUUGAAUGUUCAAAAAGCAAUACAAGUGAAAAAAGAAAAGACUACAGUGGACACUAUGAUAUCAGCAAUAGCGGCGCCAUCGUCAAUUGGCCUGGUCAAACUGUUAGCGGCGCUGAGGCAGUCGGUCAUGCAAAUGCAGAGAGAACUGCAGAGUCCGAUUUGGACUUUGAUGAUGAUGUUACAGCAGAUGUCACUGGCGCAGAAGGUGAGCUGCGGUGUAGUAAACAUAGUGCGGGAAAUGAAGGCACUGACGCGUAUGCUGGUAGACAGGCGCAGACAGUGAAUGCAUGUUCUGCCGAAACAUCUUUGAAUGCGCACAGAAAUUGGCAGCAACAGCAGCCACAAUUGCGUACAGCGCAGUUGACUGCAACAAGGCGCGCCAAUUCAGUAGCAAUGAUUGCAAAUUCAACUUCAACCACUUGGAACAGCAAAGAGCAGGCAAUGAACAGUGCCGGGGUUAGCUGGGACAUAAAUGAAUUUGGAAGAGUAGGGCGUCCAGCACUCGAGUGGGUGUCUCGCAGAGCUAGAAGUAAUUCAGUAGCACCUGGUGAUAGCUGGCAACAAAGUGAUGUCUAUAGCAGUUGGAAUGACCAAACUAUGCACGCUGAAGAACAAGCGGCCGCAGGACAAGCAACUGAUUUCAUUGGAAAUAAUGAAGCUUCAACGUGCAAUGUAAUGCGACAGUCACAUGAGUUGCCGCAAAACAUCAAUGGAAAAAUUGUAACAGGAAACUUGCCACUACGGCAAUCGCAGCUAGAAUUGCAGCCGCUGCCCCAGUCAAGGCAAACUCAUCCCACCCCAACUCAUGUCAGCCACAUUUCAGCGCUUUUUAAAACACCGCUUAUGAGACGUGAGCGUGGGCAGAGUGUGGACCGCUGUGGAACAGGUGGGCAUACCACAAAUGAACGUUGGAAAUCUGAAAAGAACAUCAACAUGAAAAACGAAACCGAGUUUGGGAGAGUUGUGACGGCGGCUGCUAAACCACAAGCGACAGUGUCAACAGCAGACGAAAUGAUACAAGGCAAUAACAAAAACAACGAAAGUUGCGGUAAUAAUUUUACUGCGCUUGACGAAUUGCGGUGGCGGCACAAGCCACUGCAACAGCACAUUUCGACCGACAAUGUGCAACGUUACUAUGGUGGGGGAGGUUGGAGUGCUGAUGAGGCUACGUCAGCCGAGGUGGAACAACCAAGCUCAAUAACUACAUUAAAUUUGCAAAAUACCAAUUUACGAGCUUACAACAGCAACAACAGUUUCGCGAAUUUCGGUCACACAUUACCAAAAUUAUCUACAACAACAACGAACUUAGAAUGGACAGCUUCUCAAGCAUCUUUAGCUGAGCGUUUAACAAAAUUUCGACAUAAACAACAGCAGCAAGGUCGACAAGAGCUGAAGUCGGCCGAAAACGAAUUAUCGACGCCAGAAGGGUAUUAUCAGCUACAUAACAAUUUCAACGACUGCAACAACAACAGAAACAAUAAUCAUCCUUACAACAACAGUGACUCCAGUAGUAGCAAUAGGCUUCUGACAUUCAAAGGCGUAGAGCAAGCACCCGCUGCUGAUGUACACACUACAUCAGCACAGCAGAGUCCAUCACUGUUCAAAGCUAAACUUGCUAAUAGUAAGAGCAAUUACAACACAGAACAACAUCAUUAUUACUCAAGCCAACAAAGUGCGAACGUUGCAACCCUCGAUGCAACUGAGCCAUCAUCACCUCCGUUAGAUUGCUACUCCAAAUCGGUGAGGCAACGACGUAUAUUAGUGCGCAGGCGCAACAAUACAAGGGAACCAGUAAAUUCCAUAGUAACCGAGACAACAAAGCCAUCACGUGUAACAUCAACCAUCGUUGUGACUGAGAGACAAGAGGCAGCCCAUCAGUUUUGGUUCCUUUCACUUUUGCACUGUAUCGGCCUAACAAGAUUUGCUGAUUAUGCUGCCUUGCAGUUAGGCGCAUGCAACACUAAGAACUUAAGCAACGAACAGUUGCAUACACGUAGGUGUUCGACGCCACCUACUACAACUUCCGUCGGGAACAUUCCAAAAGGACGCUCAAUCGACAUAAUGGGCUUCAUACGCAGCAUGAAGCUUAAAGAUCGCCUCGCUAUUAGUUUGGGUGCGACUCUAAUACUGCUGACAUUGUUGUUAGUGGUUGAUGUGCAGAUGGAUUUCGGUGUGACGAAUCGACAUUUAUUACAACAGCAUUCACGUGUCCGUUAUGUAAAUGAAAAUGAUGGUGGGGGCGGCACGGGAGCAUUCAGAGAUUUCAAAAGGAAAUUCCUGCAAAAGAGCAAUUCAUCCGGUUCAAAGGAGACAGCCACACCGACAACCACACAAGCUCGAUCAGGUGGCAGUGCGGCAGGUGGUAGUUCUGCAGGUGGUACGGCAGCAGCAGCGGCGGCCGCUGGUGCUGGCGGAAUUCAGCAAGAUGCAGCAGCCAGGGAGGAUAUGCUGGCAAUUAAGAAGCUGCAGAAGGAGCCACAUGAUCCAUUCGAUGAUUUAGUGCGCCUAUUGACUGGUCUGGACAAGGCGGACUAUUCACAUGUGUUAGUUGAUGAUGAUGGCUCAGAGAUAACGGAUAAUCCAACAUUCUCGGAUGUGACUGGCCUGAAACCAAGUAAAAAUGCAACAAAUUUGGAACGCUUCCAGUGGCACAUCUCCAAGCGUGAGUUGUACAAAGAGAAUGACACUAUUGUGGAUGCGGUGAUACGUGACAUGAUGAAGCUGCCGGUGCAGCAUGUCGUGCAAAAGGAGGGCGGCACACAAUUGAAAUUAAUCAUCGAAUUUCCGAACGAUAUUAAGGCGCUAAUGAAGCCAAUGAGAUUCCCGCGCGACCAGCAAACGUUGCCAAAUCAUUUCUAUUUUACGGAUUAUGAGCGACAUAAUGCCGAAAUUGCGGCUUUUCAUUUGGAUCGCCUUUUGGGUUUUCGUCGCGCAAUGCCCGUCACCGGUCGUCUGCUGAACAUUACAACAGAAAUUUAUCAAGUUGCUGACGACAAUUUAUUAACGACCUUCUUCGUUUCACCAUCGUCGAAUUUGUGCUUCCACGGCAAGUGCUCCUAUUACUGUGACACAGGCCACGCCGUCUGCGGUAAUCCGGAUAUGCUGGAAGGCUCAUUCGCCGCCUUCCUACCAAGUUACGAGCAGACAGGACGUAAGGUUUGGCGACAUCCUUGGCGUCGGUCGUAUCACAAACGCAGGAAGGCUCAAUGGGAAACAGAUUCCAGUUACUGCUCGAUUGUUCGUGAAAUACCUCCUUAUGACGAAGGCAGACGCCUGUUGGACUUAAUGGAUAUGUCAGUAUUUGACUUUCUUACUGGAAAUAUGGACCGACAUCAUUAUGAGACUUUCAAAGUUUUCGGCAAUAACACAUUUACCCUGCAUGUAGAUCAUGGGCGUGGUUUUGGAAAAGCCUUCCAUGACGAAUUAACAAUUUUGGCUCCCCUACUGCAGUGUUGCAUGAUACGCACAUCGACGCUGAAAAGGAUAUUGGAAUUUCACAAUGGGCCCAAACCGCUGUCUGAAUUAAUGCGCGAGUCAAUGGCCGUCGAUCCGAUACGGCCUAUUCUAUGGGAACCCCACUUAGCGGCGCUCGAUCGACGUGUAACUCUGAUUUUGAAUGGCGUACGCGAUUGCAUAAAGAAGAAUCCGCCAGAGGAGGGCUUAGAUUCCGAGGACUUCCUUUCGUAGCAACUAAAGCAACACAGGCGGCUAAAAUUUAGCGAGGGCCAAAUUCAGUUCUUAUUGCGACGUAAAAAUCGUCAAACAAGAAUGACAGUUUAGCAUUAGAAUUUAGGAGACUUAAUGUUGUAGUAAAAUAAGAAAAGAGAACAUGUAAAAAUAGAAUGGGGACUAUGUAAUUUUUGUUAGUGGUUGACUAGUUGAAUUUAGAAAAAAAGCGUACGAAAUUAAGAAGUGCAUUGCAUUAGAAUUUACGAUAAGCAAAAACAAAAAUAAUAAGGCGUUAGUGUAUCAAUACACUAAUGAAAUAUUAAGUAAAGGGCAUGGGCAAUGACUUGUUGAAGGAGAGGAGCUUUUAAAAACCCGCGGCUCGCCCAAUAAGCUAAGCCUUUGCCAAAUUUUGGAAAAAUAUGUGACAAUUCAUUCGUAGGCUUAAAGUGAUAACAGACAUAAUUAACAAAAAGAACUAAAAACAUAAUCUCUAAUAAUUUAACCAAAUUAGUAAAUAAUUAAGAAAGAAGUAAGAAUAUGAAAGAUUUGCAAAUUCAAAUCCCAUACAUUUUGCGGUAGUUGAAGUUUUUGAAAAAUUUUUGCGCAAAUUGGAAAUGUACCUUUUAUAAAUAAUUUAUUAAAUUAUUUACUUAACAAAAAAAUUAGUGGGAAAACAAUAAGAGUAAAAACAAAACUGAUUGGCAGCUAUGUAUGCUUUAAAAGAAAAACGAAAAAAUCAUUUUAUAAGUACAGUAGUAGUCAAAAGUGCGUAACUCUAUGCAGUGUAGUAAAAAUAACAACGAAGUGAGCAGCCACUAAAAAGUGUAAAAAAAAAGUAAAAUGGUUUGACGAAGACUCCUUCGAAACAACUAAAUGAAAGACUAAAUAACUAACAUUUUAUCAUAAAUUUGUUCUUUAAUUUAUUAUUAGGAUUGGUGUCUUUUAGGUUCUCAAUUUAAUUUAUACAGUUUUUAGGUACAAAACGUAGAAGGGAUUUUACUUAAAACUUUUUUAAUUUUUGGGAAAAAACAUUUAUACCAUUAAUAUAAUAAUAUAAAUUCAUGUUUAAAAAAGUAUUAAAUAUAUUUUUUUCAAUUAUCAACAACUCCAAAAAAAAGAUAUAUAUAUACAUAUAUAUAUAUAU